GUUUAAUAGAAGUUCGUGGCAGUCAAAGUUAGGCUUUCUGUGUCUGUACGGAGCGCUCCUGCAGUAGGUGGCUGUACGCGGCGCGCGCUGAACGCUCCUUCACCGUCCUGUCAAUAAAACACUCCACGAGCCGAACGAAGCUCAUUACGCGCAGAUCUGCGUGUUUAUUUAAUCCACAUUCCCCCUCAGUUAGUGAUCGCGUGUCUUGAUUCGGAUUGUUGAAGCCGCGCGCUGGAGGGACACUUGGAGAGACUUGCUCGCGAUCGUGCUACCGGACUCCUGCGCGUCUGCUUCACCUUGUGGCACAAUGUUGCUCUAAACCACAGUGUCUUUUUCACGCAGAGUGGAUUUUUUGGGUCUCGAUCGUGCCGUGGGUCCGUGUGUGUGCGCGAGUGUGUGUUUCUGAAGACCAGGCACGCUCCUCCUGAUCGGGUGUUUUCUCAUUGCGAUCUGUUUCCAUGUUUUUAGGUUUAUGUGAUAUUUAAAAAAAUGCAUCAUCACCAUCAUCAUCCCCAUCAUCAUCAGAGAAUGGCCGCGUUAGGGACGGAUAAAGAACUGAGCGAUUUGCUGGAUUUCAGCGCGAUGCCAAACAGCGAUUUGAAAAUGUACCCCACACCAAUGAUGUUUUCCCCUCCUGUCAGCAGCGGGAAGAACGGACCGACGUCUCUGGGAAGCGGACAUUUCUCUGGCUCAAAUCUGGAAGACAGAGCGAGUUCGUCUUGGGGGAAUGGAGUUCGUGCCACAAAGAAUUACGCUGAUGGCUCUCAGUACGGUCACAUGGCCAGUCGGGAGCUGGGGUCACAUGACAGCAUCUCUCCGCCGUACACCAACUCCAGAUUAGCAGGUAAAACGGAGCGAGCGUCAUAUUCGUACGGACGGGACCCCAGCAUUCACGGCUGUCAGUCGAGUCUCAUGGGAGGCGAGGUGGGGAUGGUCAGUCCGGAGACGGUGUCUCCCACCAAACUGGGCUCCCAGUAUUACCAGCAUUACGCAGGAAACCCGCGGCGACGAGCCCUUCACAGCGACUCCAUGGAAGUCCAGACGAAAAAGGUUCGGAAAGUUCCUCCCGGAUUGCCCUCAUCAGUAUACGCCCCGUCCGCCAGCACUGCCGAUUAUAACCGGGACUCACCGGGUUACCCAUCCUCUAAAGCACCGGGCAGCAGCUUUCCUGGUUCCUUCUUUAUGCCAGACGGUCAUCACAGUACAGACCCAUGGAGCUCGUCCGGCGGUAUGAACCAGCCCGGAUACAACAGCAUGCUGGGAAACUCCACACACAGCGCUCAGAGCAGCAGCUACUGCGGCAUGCAUCCACACGACAGACUCAGUUACCCGUCACACUCGUCAGCUGAGAUCAACCCCAGUCUUCCUCCCAUGUCCAGUUUCCAUCGCAGCGGCGGGACGAAUCACUACAGCGCGGCGUCCUGCUCCGCCACCACUAACGGGACAGACAGCGUCAUGGCGAAUCGAACAUCGAGCAGAGCGGCAAGCAGCUCACAGACGGGAGACGCGUUAGGAAAGGCUCUGGCUUCAAUCUAUUCCCCCGAUCACACCAAUAACAGCUUCUCAUCCAACCCGUCCACUCCUGUGGGAUCUCCUCCCUCGCUCACAGCUGCCAGUACAGCCGUCUGGUCCAGAAACGGUCAGGGAGCCUCGUCCCCGAGUUACGAGCCGCCGCUGCACUCGCUGCAGAGUCGUAUCGAGGACAGGCUGGAGCGUCUGGACGAUGCGAUCCACGUGUUGCGCAGUCAUGCGGUCGGUCCGUCCACAGCGAUGCCCGGCGCUCACGCAGACAUGCAUGUCAUGUCAUCAGCCUUAUUGCUUCUGAAGUUCUGCAGAUUACUUGAAAAGUGUGUGUUGCCCUCUAAAGCGGCGACUGGAGACACAGCGCUCUCCGGAGGUCUGCAGGGUCAGAGCACCUCGUCUGUGAGCUCGGAGAUCAAAUCUGAAGACGAGGGAGACGAGAACCUGCAGGACGGAAAAUCUCUGGAUAGCAAGAAGGAGGACGUGGACGGCAAGGAUCUGAAAGCUCUAGAGAGGUCAAGAUCGAGCUGUGCCUCGCGGAACUCCUUACGGAAAAACAACAGAAGAGAAUUAGGAAAUUCCCAAUCAGUCGGGACGAGAGGAGCUGUCAAUCAAACGACCAAGAUGGGAUUCGGCUGCAGAAUUUGA